UCUGCUACGCAUAACACACUUGCCAGCAAUGCGACACAGCCGGAAGUUUCAUCAAAGUGUAUAGAUAAGAGGAUCUAAAAUGCCUUUUUAUAAAGAAAAUAUGAAAUUAAUUUAAUCUUUUUCACAAUACGCGAUAUUUGAACAAUAGAAGUGCGUUUUCUAUGUAUUAAAUAUUUUAUUAGUACGAUAGUGAUCAAGAGGAGAAAAAAAGCUUACCUAAGUAGAUAGCAAAAUGGAUCUCGAAGAGAAUUCUCUGCAGGAAAGCUUGCUGAGUGUCUACGAGCCUACUCUAGACAGUGCGCAAGUUUUUUAUAAGCUACUAUUGGAUGCCUUACGAUUCAAGAAUUUUCGUUUUUUCAAAAAAACUAUAGAACAUGAUUUGAUGAAGCAAUCACCUAUUCUGAAUCUCAAUUAUGUAUAUCCGAACACGGAAGAAACAUGCCUCGACAUAGCUAGCAAGAAUGGUUUAACAGAUUUCGUGGAGUAUUUAUUGCGUUUAGGUGCGAAGCCUAAUAGAGUAAAUAAACUACAUAAUCGCGCUCCUAUCCAUUUCGCUACAGAAGAAGGACAUAUAUCCACAUUGAUGACUUUGCUAGCGGAACCAACAAUAAAUCCAAAUCUUGAGGCGAAACAGCAGACUGCCUUGCAUAUCGCAGUGAGAAAGAAUGAUUUGACAUGCGCCGGUUUGUUGCUGGAGAACGGUGCUAGCGCAAAUAUUCCCAAUAACAAAGGUUUGACGGCUCUCCAUUUGGCAGCGAUGAAAGACCAACGAGAUAUGGUGGCACUGAUAUUGGAAAAAAGCCGACAGUGUCCAGACAUUGACACUUACAAAGAUUACAAUGAUCAGACAACGCGAGAGGUGAUUGAGAAAAAGAUGCCGGAUAUAUCAUUACCGCCCAAAAAUGAAAAUCAUGAGAUAAAUGUGCACGAUCUUAAAUAUUACCUGAUCACCAACGACGAGACAAAUUUCCUAAAAAAUAUGGAGUUUGUCAAGAUAGAGAUUCUUCACAGUAUAGCCGAAGAGCUGCUGGAAAUGAGUGCACAAAGAGGCUUUUACAAAAUUACGAUUGGAAUCCUGGAAAAACUAAAAGGAAAACAGUUUAGCGUGAAAAAAGCCGCGCAAGAAGCCGUUCAGCAGAACGAUUAUGCAAUUCUUCAGGUACUGCUAGAAAUGGAACCAAAUGUAGCAAAUGAUUUACUUCUGAGUGCUUGUCAGGAACUAGGAAUGCCGAGAAAACGAGGAAUCGACAAUACGCCUGAUCGACUGAAUUGUUUGAAGUUAAUCUUGGAACAAGAAGACGUGAACAUUCGUUGCAGUGAUAAUAAAGGCAACAGUCCAUUACAUUACGCAGCCAGAGCUGGUUGCCAAGAAGCAGUAAUUUUACUUCUCAACCGAGGUAGCUACAUCGGUCACAUGAACAAGUACAAUACACCGCCUAUCGCAGAUAUCUCGGCACACACGCUGUCGCGCUACUUCGAUGAUUGUUUGCAGACGCGAAAAGAUCGAACAAACGAAUACACGAUUGAAUUUAACUAUUGCUGCUUAAUGCCGCACGACGUUCUCAUUGAUCGAUAUAAAACUCACCGAGCAACUCGCGAAAUGGAAGUGUUUAAAUACAUCGUCAGCAAUAGCGGCCUCAAACAUCUACUGAAACAUCCACUGCUUUCCUCUUUCCUCUAUCUCAAGUGGCACAGAAUACGACACGUUUUAUACGCAAAUUUCCUCUUUUAUGUGAUUUUUUAUUUUUUAUUAAACGCUUAUAUCCUGAGCAUGACUUAUGACACUAGGAUAGAAAAUGGGAUGCAAACUGAAAUCAACAAUAGAUCCGACGUGGCUUCGGGAAGUACUUCGCGAAUUAUUUGGAACCAACAAAACAACUUUCUUUGGGCCUCCACCACUGUGAUGUUGCUAUUGUUCAUCCUCCGAGAAAUUUUUCAACUUGUUUCCUGUGUUAGGCAUUAUCUAAUGAGCUCAAGGAACUGGUUGGAAAUCGCAUUGAUUACGCUCACUAUCGCUUUGUUGUGUGGCGCGGGAGUUCAAAUCGGUGCUGUGGUAAUCUUACUGUCGGCCUGGGAAUUGGUGAUCCUCAUCAGCCAGCAUCCACGCUUGUCCACCGGCAUCGAAAUGUUCCGGACCGUUUCACUCAAUUUUAUACGCUUUCUGUUUCCCUAUCUGUUUCUUAUUUUCGCAUUUGCUCUGGCCUUCUAUACACUCUUCAAAAAUGGCAACGAUACGAAUUUCCCUGAUCCUGGUCUUUCACUUUUCAAAACUGUCAUCAUGCUCACUGGGGAGUUCGAUGCUAAUGACAUUCCGUUUAUUUCGCAUCCCGUUUGGAGUCACAUCAUAUUUAUGUUAUUUGUUUUCUUUAUUGCUAUCGUAUUGUUUAACCUGCUUAAUGGUUUGGCAGUCAGUGACACUGCUGAGAUUCUAUGUAAGGCCGAGUUGGUCGGACUUAUUUCUCGAAUACGUUUAGUUACCUACAUUGAAGAUGUAGCAGUUGGCGAACCUUUCAAGCACUGCGUUCAUUGCAAUUUGCGACUGUCUUGGAAUCCUUUUGGUUUUCUUGCUAAGAGAAUUCUUUUGUUUCCUCAUUUCCUAAGAGAUGGUAAAAUCAUUAUCAAUCCACACGAUAAUCUGGAUAUUUAUGAUAAUAAUAGAUAUUAUGGAAAGAACGUUCACAGUGCAUCUGUAAAGAGCAACAAGCAAUGGACUACCGUGAGAAUGGAUCCUGACAUAAUUAAAAAAGCUAAACGUACUAUUUGCAAUAAGAAUCAAUUGACGGAUAAUGAGAGGAUCAUGAUUACAUUGGAUAAACUACAGCAGAAAUUGUGUACAAUAGAGAAAAAUCUGAAAAUUACAAAGUGUGUAGAAUAA